GUCAGAUUUAAUUUCGUUUCGUUUGAUGUAGUUUGCUGUUCUUAAGCGAUCAAAUCGGAUUGAUGAUCUCUCGUGAGCCAAGUAUGAUACAUUUUAUACAAAGUACCUAUUUCGAAAAUUUGUAUAAAAGUACACGAUACCUUACGAAUCAAUCAUUAACAAUGGCGUUCUACACAAACCUCCUCGUCAUUUUGGCGAUAACGAGCGCUUCUUUCGCUGAAAAAUGCACGAUUCGCGAAUUUUCUCAAGUAGAAGAGGUCACCAAGCAAUGCAAGAACAUAGUUGUGCAAGAUCUAACAGUACCGGGCAAUCAAACGUUGAAAUUAUCUCUGCUCGACGGGGCCAGUUUAGUUUUCCAAGGGAAAACCUCUUUUGAAUAUUUCAACUGGAAAGGUCCGCUGGUUACGAUCAGAGGAAACGGUUUGAAAAUCGAAGGAAAACCAGGUCACGUGCUCCAUGGUAACGGUGAGCUCUAUUGGGACGGUAAAGGCGCAAAAGGAGUAGUAAAACCGAAAUUCCUGCGAAUUCAAUCGGUCACAAAAUCCACCAUCCAAAACAUAAACAUCAAAAAUUGCCCGGUCCACUGCGUAUCCAUCCAAGCCUCCGAUAACGUAGUACUUUCGAAGUUUAACAUCGACAACUCCGAAGGCGAUAAGAACAAUUUCACCGGUCACAAUACAGACGGUUUCGACAUCGGCAGCAACAACAUAAUAAUCAAAGACAGUAUCGUGAAGAACCAGGACGAUUGCGUGGCCGUCAACAGAGGACACAACAUCACUUUGUCCGGGCUGAAGUGCUACGGCGGACACGGCCUCAGCAUCUCCGUGGGAUUUUCCAAGACGAACUUCGAAUCGAACACAGUCAGUAACGUCUUGUUCGAGAACAGUUUGGUGCACUUUUCCCCGAACGGCAUCCAUCUUAAGACCCAUUCGGACAGCGGACCCGGAGUCAUGCAAAACAUUGUUUACAGGAACAUUAAACUCGAAAAAAUCGCUAAUUUCGGCAUCAACAUCCAACAAGACUACGCCGACGGCGAGGCUACCGGAAUACCCGGAACAAACAUCCCGAUUACCGGUUUAACGCUCGAGAAUAUCAGUGGAUACAUGGAAAGUUUCAACAAAUCUCCCACGUUGGCGAAUUACAUUUUGUGCGGCAAGGGGGCCUGCACGGACUGGAAAUUUGAAGGAAUUCACAUCACGGGCGCCAAAAACAACAGCUCCUGCAAUUACGUACCAGAAGGAUUCACCUGCUAAUUAGACUAUGUAUUGUACAAAAGUUGUUAAUAAAGUAUGUAAUGAUUAGUUAUA